AUGGACCCACCGCUGCGACCGGUUCCGUCCCCGUAUCUGCCCGGUCUGUGUUAUUCGAGGGUCUGGCGUCCGGCAACGCAUCAGCUAUCCCCGCUGUCAUCACUCGCUCAAAUAGCAAACUCAAUAAGCAAGUUUAUGUGUGCGAUUGGCAGCCAAAGACUGUCCCCGCGGCCGCCGUUCCCAAGUGGUUUCAGCGAUAGAAAACACAUGAAACGGUCGGAGACCUCACGCAGUGUACUAGAGGCUCAGGCAGCUCAGCUAGUAGUGACCGUCGACUACGGAAUCUCGAGGGUAUUGGCCGCACAGGCUUACAGCAGUGGCACGGACGAUGGGGCCGUCACGACUAGCUUGCCAGACUUGCCCCUCCGAUGCAUCAUCACUUGGUCGAUAGUGUAA